UAUGCCAGUAAAUUCCUCACCGGUUUGGGAUUGUAAUUGGUUGAAUGUUUUCUGUAUCCUGACUAGCCAAUAACACUCCGAGAAAAAAAAUUUAGAACAACCUAGUUACGACAGAUGGCAAAAAAUGACUUGACAUUACACAUGUGAGGCAAUGUUAACUAAAGAUGAGAUCCUUACCGCAUUCAUUAGAAAUAUCAUAAUAGGCAAAAAAAGAUUACACGUGCCACUGUAUUUAUGGAACGAGGUCCCUUAUUUUCAGACGAGUGCUGUCCAAAUUGUUGCCCUUGUCAUGUCUGUUUCAACAACAUCUGCUAGCUAGCAUAAGCUCUGGCCUUGAUAACUUGCAUUUUUCUGAGCCUGAAUUACUCUUGGCAGACCUUCUUCAUCCCCUCCCUACCCCCCCGCAACGAAAAUAGAUAAUAAUUUGUGCAAAGCAAUUAGUUAAAAAGAAGAAAGGAAAGGAGACAUAAAACCCUGAUAAAAAUGCAAGAAUAAUGGAAAAAUGGGAAAAGCAAAGAAAAAAAAUAAGAACAAACGAUAAAUGGCAGAUAGAUGGAAUAACUACAGUUACAAGUGAAGUAGAUGUAUCUUUUCACAUGAAAAAAGCAAUAAAUAUAUAACUGCAUUUCCAAAUGGUAAACUAACAUUUUAAUCUCAGUAAACAGAAAGCAAUGACAAUUAUACCGAUAGGAACCGAUAUUGACCCAGAGCAAGAAAUCAAAGCUAUUUUUGCAUUCAAAUGUCAGCAGCGCAUUUCUUUAUCCUCAAGUUUGCAAAGGAUUUCUUAGAAGCCUUAUAUAUGCAGUUAGGCGGAAGCUGAUUGCCAGCAAUAAAUAAUGCAUCCAAGGAAGAGGCUUGAGUACGUAUCUUCUCACUUCCAGGAUGCAGCUAAGGAUCUUCGCCUCAAUUCUACAUCAAGGUUGUGGCUUAAAGCAGUCAAAGGGCUAUUUAAUUGUCAGGCAAGGCUUCCCCCCGCGGAACUCUCUCCGCAUGUUACAACAUCUUUGCAGCUCCAUAUGCAUCUCUUUUUCACACUUCCCUCUCCAUGUCAGGCUCCUACACCUGGCGCAUCACGCAUUUAGCCCAUUCGCUCCGGCUCUUCCUUUCAUCUUCCCAAUGGCAGACGUUUCUAUUUAUCCACUGGCAAUCAAUGUGUGGCGUCACCGGUGGUACUGUAAUGACGACUGCACCAUUGAGGAUGACAGCUUAGAAAGAAGAGGGCAAUGGUGAUCCCUCCCAGAGCAGCAUAGCAGAGUGGAGCGCUCGCAUCACAAGGUCACCCUAUCUCACCGCUGGCUCCUCUGCAUUGGCAGGAGAGGGUUGCUGGGUUUGUACACGGCUGGGGCGGGAGCAGCAGGGAGGGGGGAAAGAGAUCUGGGUUUUUUUUCUCCCCUCCCUUAAGCAAAGCCACAAUGGAAACCAGGAAGGAGAUGGUGAUGUUUCUGGAGGGGACUACUCUUGGCGCUCUAGUUGGCAAGAGGGUGCCUAAUUUGUCCGAAGCAGUGGGGAGCCCCGCUGCGGAGCCGCAGGAGAAGAUGAUCCAUCGGAACUGCAUCAGCCCCAGACCUGGCCCCUUGUCGUCCCGGGAGAGAGGAGGAGGAGGAGGUGGUGGAGGAGAAGACGAAGAGGAGGUGGAGGUGCUGCCAGGGACAGGGACGGUGCCGGAGAGCCGCUCGGCGGCGGCAGCACUGCUUUCGGCCGGACAGCAGCCCCCCGUCCCGGAGCUCCCCUCCAGCAAAGGGCAGCAGAGCAGCUCGGACACCGAGUCGGAUUUCUAUGAGGAAAUCGAGGUGAGCUGCACCCCGGACUGCGCCACGGGGAGCGCCGAGUACCAGCACAGCAAAGGUACCCAACUCCUUCCCAAGCCUCCGGCCCCACGUCCGCUCCGGGGCUGGGUGGCAGCACUGGUGGGGCGGGGGGGGCUGCCGGAGGGGAUUUUCCCCUGGCCAGCUGAGCGAGGGGCAAAGAAAUCGGGUGUGUGUGUGUCUGCGCGCAGGAGCAGGGGAGCGGUGCCGUACGGAUGGCGGGCACACCUGCCUUUUCCGGGCAUUCGGGAUCCGGGGUUGCUGCGGCGCUCUGGUUUCCCGGUGCGGGCAGCGGGUGUGAAGCUCAGCGAGCAGACACCGCCAUUGCGGGAGGUGUGUGUCGGCGAGGGCGGGGGACAGAUGAAGGACAAGCGGCAGCGCCUGGCCAUGACCUGGCCCCACCCGGCCGACCCGGCGUUUUACACGUACAUGAUGAGCCACGCCGCAGCCACCGGGAACCUGCCGUACCCAUUCCCGUCCCACCUGCCCCUGCCCUACUACUCCCACAUGGGCAUCGGCGCCACAUCGGCCUCUGCCGCCACCCCUUUCAGUACCCCCCUGAGGCCUCUGGACACCUUCAGGGUCCUGUCCCACCCGUACCCGAGACCUGAACUGCUGUGCGCCUUCAGACAUCCCUCUCUCUACCCUGCCCCGACUCAUGGACUCAGCAGCGCAGGGGGCAGCCCCUGCUCCUGCCUGGCAUGCCACAGCGGCCAGUCCAACGGGCUGGCGCAGAGACCCUCCGGAUCAGACUUUACCUGCUCGGCCACAACCAGGACUGACUCCUUUCUCACUUUCACGCCCUCUGUGCUGAGCAAAGCCACCUCAGUUUCCAUGGACCAGAGGGAAGAAGUACCUUUAACGAGAUAAACCUUUGUCUCAGGGUUAUGAAACACUCAUCCCUUUCCCGGACUUCUCUUCGAGUUAAUGUACCUACAGCCCAUGUUUAUUUAAUCGUGUUCUCUCCUCAGCCGCGGACACCCACAGAAAAACCCGAAAAAAAAGGAAAAAAAAAAAAAGAAGAAAAGAGACUAAAAAUAGCUCAGUCUUAAAAGGAUUUACAUUCCAAGGGGGGAAAAAUAAAAAUAAAAGAAAGAAGAAAGAAAGUAUUACUAAUGAUUUAUCUCUGAGAGGGAAUUUAGGCACGAAGGAGGAAGAAAAUCAACUCGAAUGAAAUAUGGUCCAGCCAGCCACAUACAGAAAUGUGCUGGGACUUUCUUUUCCAUGGAUAGACUUCUUCCCAAGGGCUGGGGGUUCUGCGGAUCACAACAAACCUUAUGCACAAAUCUAUGAGGCGGAGAAGGAAAAUCUGAAAUACUUGAAAGAAACACUAUCUUGAUAACGAAACGGCUUGUGCGCAUGAAGAAAGCAAAGAUGUAAUCCCUCAGUGUUCAGAAAAUAAAAACAACAGGCAAAUAACAAAAACAAACCCCAAAAGGUUUCCGGUUUGCAACUCGGCAGUAUUAUCCUGUUGUCUCUAUGGAAAAUAACAAUGCUUUACCAUAAAGAAAACCUGUCAUUCUGUACAUUACUUUCGUGGUUUAAUUGCAUUCUUUACCCUCCCUUGUCUCGUCCUUCGUUAUGAGCAGAAAUCCAGCGUUUCAAUUCCUCUUUCAUUCCAAAUUUUAUUUUUAAGAGGCAGACUGGAACUGGCAGGGGAAAAAUACGAGCUCCUGCCUCUUUAUGGGUCAGAGCUAUUAUUUGUCCUUUAAAUAACAAUGUCCUAUUAUCAGUCGCUGAAAUGUGCACACACUGACGAAAUUAGCAAGUGAUGUAUAUGUAAAGCGGGUUUUUGAAUAUCGAAUGUACAAUGCUCCGCGAGCAAAGACCCCGUGCCAAACGCUAACAAGCCGCCAAGGGAAGAGAUUAGAGGUGACAGGGAGCACAACUCCUUCAGACAAUCACCAGUCUGUAAAUUGGAGCAAAGGCGAUUUCCCUUCCUUUGUACUUCAGCCUUCAGUUCUCUCACUGCCUUCUCCUUGCUGUGUCUUCUCUUUAUUAUUUUUAAAUUUUAUUUUUUCAGUAAUAAUUUCAUUUGUCGGGUUUCUUUCUCCAUCCCCGAUCUUUGCAUUUGUAUGUGUCCUCCACACUGGUCACUCUUCCUUCUUAAAGAGUAUUUCUUUCGCAAAGUCGCCCACCCGUUUCCUAUCCAGAAAGUAUUUCGGAAGAAGGUAGCAUAAUUGCUUUUGCUUGGAUUUCUGUAACCCUAAAUUAGAAAAAAACCACAAACACGGGCACGGAGCUGGAUAGUGGUUUCUUCCAAAACCGACAUUAUUUAUUUCAUUCUGUUUUAAAAUAGCCCAAAAAUACACUGCCAUAAUUUGUUACCAUGUCGGAAUAAAACUUAAUAGCAACAAAAAUAACAACACUAAAUCGAUAACAACGACACGUUUUAACAACCUCUCACCCAUAUUGCUGUCGUGCUUGUUUAAAAAAAAAAGGUUAAAAUGUUGCUUAAGACGAAUUUCACCGUGCAGUUUCUAAUAGUUACAGUUCAACAAGCAUGAAAAUAAAUGCUGGACAG